AUGCAGGCGCCGCUUGUACAGUCUGGUUCUUUUUUGGAGUCUUUUGGCCUGCUAACCCUUGUGGAUCCUGACAGCUGUGAAGCCGACUACCUGCUUAUUGGAUCCUUGUCCCUUGUGGCUGGUAAAAUCAUGCCACCAAGUGAGAAACCUUCACCUUGGAAAGAUGCCAAGGCCUUUCUGGCCUCCUUUGAGCAAGUGGCCGAAGCCUGUCAGUGGCCCCAGGAAGAGUGGGCGACCCGACUCCUGCCAGCCCUCAGCAGAGAAGCCGAGAAGGCCUUCAAAGGGCUGGGUGUUGGGGACAGAGAGGAUUAUGGGAAGCUGAAGGCAGCCAUCUUGCGAGGGGAAGCCCUGAGCCGGGACAAGCAGCGUGAAGAGUUCCGGCAUUUCUGCUACCAGGAGGCCGAGGGGCCACGGGGAGCUUAUGGCCGACUAUGGAAACUGUGCCGUGGGUGGCUGAGAGUGGAGAAUCACAGCAAGGAGCAGAUCCUGGAGCUCUUGGUCCUAGAACAGCUGUUGAGUGUCCUUCCCCCGGAGAUCCAGAGCCGGGUGAGGGAGAGCGGCCCCGAGAGCUGCUCCCAGGUGGUGGCCCUGGCCGAGGAGCUCCUCUUGAGGCAGGAGAAGCAGGUGCCCUUGGAAGAGAUAGCUGGGGCCAGGGCAGGCCAGGAUCCAUCUGAGAGCAAGCAGGGGCAUCCCUCGGUGGGCGUCAAGGAAGAGGAAGAUGGAGAGGCCAGCUUGUUGGGUAAGGCGGGAUACCUGCUGGGACCUCAGACUGGGGAAAGCAUCAUGUGGAAGAGGAUAACAUAUUCUAGUCCUGCAGCACCAGAACUGAGCGAUCAUUCAGAGCAAGAAAUGGAGAAAGAGACUCCCACAUUUCCCAAAUUAGAGGAAAUACCAGAGGGAAGAGGAAUAACCCCUCAUGUUCUCCAGGCUGUGAAUACUGGGGAAAUCCUGCAAAAGAGAACAGGACAUCCAAUCAAUCAGCCUGCAGGGGAGGGAUCCCUUUCCCUCCAGCAGUGGGAAGGCCAAUGGCAGGAAUUUCUUAGGAUGCUGGAGUCCUCUCACUCACCACGGGGAAUCCCACACUUGCCAGAAAAACCGUCACCCUGGGAGGAUGCCAAGGCUUUUCUGGCCUCCUUUGAGCAAGUGGCCGAAGCAUGUUGGUGGCCCAAAGAAGAGUGGGUGACCCGACUCCUUCCGGCCCUCGGUGGAGAAGCCGAGAAGGCCUUUAAAGGGCUGGGUGUUGGAGACAGAGAGGAUUAUGGGAAGCUGAAGGCAGCCAUCUUGAGAGAGGACGCCCUGAGCCGGGAGAAGCAGCGUGAAGAGUUCCGGCAUUUCUGCUACCAAGAGGCUGAGGGGCCACGGGAGGCUUACAGCCAACUGCGGGAAAUGUGCCGUGGGUGGCUGAGAGUGGAGAAUCACAGCAAGGAGGAGAUCCUGGAGCUCUUGGUCCUGGAGCAGCUGCUGAGCGUCCUGCCCCCGGAGAUCCAGAGCCGGGUGAGGGAGAGUGGCCCUGAGAGCUGCUCCCAUGCAGUGGCCCUGGCUGAGGAGUUCCUCUUGAGGCAGGAGAAGCAGGUGCCAUUGAAGGAGGCAGCUGGGAACAUCUCUGAGGCAGGCCAGGGUCUGUCUGAGAAUGGAUGGAGGCAUCCCUCAAUGGACAUCAAAGAAGAGGAGGACAGAGAGGUCAGCCUGCUAGGAAGCUUAGGCAAAAUGGCUGGGGAAGUACAGGGGUCAACAUUGGAAAACACUAAGGAGGAAGACCCUGAAGGGGACUUUAGGGAUCCAGAUGGAAUCAGGAGGAAGGAGGGAGCUGACACAGAUGAGAAGAGGGAUGAACCUAUUCCUUUCCAAGGAAGAGGCUUCCAUGAAAUCCCAGUCCAAGAAGAAAGUCUAACUGAAAACAGAAGGAAUGAAGGCCUCUGUUCUAACCAGAGAAUCCAGUGCAGGGAAAAAGAAAAUGAAAAGGUGGCUUUUGGAAAAAUCUUUAUUCAGAAAAUGAACAUUGUUCCCCAGGAACAAAUUCUGUCAGGAGAGAAACUAUAUAACUGCUCCGAGUGUGGAAAGAACUUCAGUUGCCGAACAGCCCUUGUUUUCCAUCAAAGAAUUCACUCAGGGGGUGAUCAGGAGAAUCAGGAAGAUGAGAAACGGCAUGAGUUAUCAUUGGGCAAAGCCGAGUGUGCAGAGCUGAAAGGAAACUUCAGGAAUCGAGGUGGACCCAAGAGGCAGAGAGGAAUCCACCUGGUUCAGAGGAGGGAUCAAGCCACUCCUUGCCAAGGACAGGAUGUCCAUGAAGUAAUUCACAUGGCAGAGGAAAUGUACAAAUGCUUGGAGUGUGCAUUGGACUUCUCAGAUCAAACCCAAUAUAAUAUCCAUUUGCAAAAGCACAAUGGAAAGAAUAUCCCUAAAUGUUUGCAGUGUGGAAAGAGCUUCAGUUGCAGAUCAGAGCUUCUUAGGCAUCAAAGAAUCCACACAACAGGGGAACGGUAUAGCUGCUUAUUCUGUAGCAGGAGCUUCUCACAUAAAGCAAACCUUAUUCACCACCAAAGGAUUCAUUCAAAAGAGGAACCAUUUACUUCCUCAGGGAAUGUAAAGAGUUUCUCUGAUGAAAGAAAAGGUAAUGUACAUUUUCCAAAGCAUAACAGAAUGAAGGCAUAUAAAUGCUUUCAGUGUGGAAAGUACUUCAGAUCCAAGUCUCAGCUCCUUGUGCACCAAAGAACCCACACAGGGGAGAAACCAUUUGAAUGCUCAGAGUGCGGAAAAAAAUUCAGUCAGAGUGGCAAUCUUCAACAGCAUCUAAGAACCCACACAGGUGAGAAACCUUUUGAAUGCUCAGACUGUGGAAAGAAAUUCAAUCAGAGUUGCCAUCUUCUACAGCAUCAAAGAACCCACACAGGGGAGAAACCUUUUGAAUGCUCAGAAUGUGGAAAGAAAUUUAACUGGAGUGUCAAUCUUCAACGGCAUCAAAGAAUCCACACAGGGGAGAAACCUUUUGAAUGCUCAAAAUGUGGAAAGAGUUUCAAGUGGAGUGUCAAUCUUCAACGACAUCAAAGAAUCCACAUAUGUGAGAAACCUUUUGAAUGCUCACAGUGUAGAAAGAAAUUCAUGCAUAGUUAUGAUCUUCAGUGGCAUGAAAGAAUCCACACUGGGGAGAAACCUUUCGAAUGCUCAGAUUGUGGAAAGAAAUUCAGUAGGAGUUUCAAUCUUCAACAGCAUCUAAGAACUCACACAGGGGAGAAACAUUUUGAAUGCUCAGAGUGUGGAAAGAGAUUCAUCCAGGGUUGCAAUCUUCAACGGCAUCAAAGAACCCACACCGGGGAGAAACCUUUUGAAUGCUCAGUGUGCAGAAAGAGAUUCAUCCAGAGUUGCCAUCUUCAACGGCAUCAAAGAACCCACACAGGGGAGAAACCUUUUGAAUGUUCAGAGUGUGGAAAAAGCUUUAACUGGAGUUUUGCUCUUCAACGACAUCAAAGAAUCCAUACAGGUGAAAAACUUUUUGAAUGCUCGGAGUGUGGAAAGAGAUUCAUUCAGAGUUUUGCUCUUCAACGGCAUCAAAGAAUCCAUACAGGUGAGAAACCUUUUGAAUGUUCAGAGUGUGGAAAGAGAUUCAACUGGGGUGGCAGUCUUCAGAGGCAUCAAAGAACCCACACAGGGAAGAAACCUUUUGAAUGCUCAGAGUGUGGAAAGAAAUUCAAGCAGAGUUGCAAUCUUCAGCGGCAUCAAAGAACCCACACAGGGGAGAAACCUUUGAAUGCUCCAGAAUGCGGAAAGAAAUUCAGUCAGAGUUUCCAUCUUCAGCGGCAUCAAAGAAUCCAUACAGGAGAAAAACCAUUUGAAUGCUCAGAUUGUGGAAAGAAAUUCAGUCAGAGUUUCCAUCUUCAAGAGCAUCUAACAAUCCACACUGGUGAAAAACCUUUUCAAUGUCCACAGUGUGGAAAGAAAUUCAACAAGAGUUGCUAUCUUCAACGACAUGAAAGAACCCACACAGGUGAGAAACCUUUUGAAUGCUCUGUGUGUGGAAAGAGCUUUAUAUGGCGUUUCCAUCUUCAACGACAUCAAAGAAUCCACACAGGGGAGAAACCUUUUGAAUGCUCAGAAUGUGGAAAGAAAUUCAGUCAGAGUGGCCAUCUUCUACAGCAUCAAAGAAUCCACACAGGUGAGAAACCUUUUGAAUGCUCAGAGUGUCCGAAGAGUUUUACUCAUAGAUUCUGCCUUCAACAACAUUACCGGAUCCACACAGGAGAGAAACCAUUUGGUUGCUCGGAGUGUGGCAAGAGCUUCUCACAGAGAACAAACCUUAUUCAACACCAAAGAAUUCAUUCAGGAGAGAAGCCAUAUAAAUGCUCAGAGUGUGGAAAGAGGUUCAGUCGGUGUAGCGAUGUCCAACGGCAUCAAAGAGUCCACACAGGGGAGAAACCUUUUGAGUGCUCAGACUGUGGAAAGAGAUUCAUUCAGAAAUCCAGCCUUCAACAACAUCACAGAAUCCACAUGAGAAACAGCAUAGAUUCAUAGCCUGUGACAAGAGCUUCUCUUCUGUUUCACACCUUAAAGACAGCCACAGA